UUAAUUUCUUAUCAAAUAACAGUACAACAAUUUUAUAAAUUUAUACAGCUUUAAUAUUUAUCUUAAUUUUGUGUACAAAUAAACAUGUCGCCCGCUUUUGAUGACGCUUUAAUUACAAAGCACACAAUACAUCCUGGCAGAGAAUACAUACCACUGAAACCAGGCACUCGCGUCAAAUUCCAUUUUCAGACUUGUCGAGUUGACGAUGGCACCACAUUGGAUGAUAGUCGUAAAAUGGGCCAACCAAUGGAGUUGGUGCUCGGUAAGAAAUUCAAACUGGAGGUUUGGGAAGUUAUAGUACAAAAGAUGGCACUCAACGAAGUUGCUAAGUUUACUGUGCACAAAACAUUGGUCACACAAUAUCCCUUUAUAUCGAAAACAUUGCGUGAUGUAUCUAAAAACGUCGAGGAGCGUCGACAUUGUUGUGGCAUGACACUACAAAAUGAAGGUAUCGGUUAUACGGAUCUGGAUGAGUUGCUUUCCAAACCAAGUGAUUUGGAAUUCAUCAUUGAAUUAAUCUCUAUCGAACAGCCGGAAGAUUAUGAAAAGGAGCGUUGGCAAAUGAACGACGAAGAAAAGAUGAAGUCACAAGAGUCAUUGCGAGAGAAGGGCAAUACAUUUUACAAAGAAAAGAAUUACAAAGAAGCAGAGGAGUGUUACCGCAAGGCAGUGGGCAUGAUUGAACAGCUUAUGACAAAAGAAAAACCACACGACGUCGAAUGGUUGGCAUUAGCCGCAAUCAAAGUACCUUUACUGUUGAAUUAUGCGCAAUGUCGCCUAUUAGAUCGUGAUUAUUAUGCGGUUAUAGAGCAUUGUACCGAAGUGCUUGAUUUGGAUAAGAAUAAUGUUAAAGCAAUGUUUCGACGUGCUAAAGCACAUGCUGGUGCUUGGAAUCCAACGGAAGCGCGUAAUGAUUUUCUCAAAGUGGCUGAAUUAGAUCCAACGUUGAAAGCUGCAGUAAGCAAAGAGCUGCAAGCAAUUGAUACGGAGCAACGUAAACGUGACGCAGAGGAUAAAUUACGGCUGCAGAAACUUUUUUAAAUGACAAGAGCAUUAUCUUUUUUUUUGUGAAUUGUAACGUCUACGUUUUUCCUUGAUGGGAAAGCGUUGCGUUAUAUGGCGGCUAUCAAUACUAAUAAGCUGAUUGGAAAGUUUACUUAUGUUUUUUUAUUACUUGGCACAACCAAUAGAUGCUGCCCAUGUAAAUGUGAAAUGAAUCUAUUUGAAUUGUAGAUAGUAAUAUUUGAUAUUUUAUUUCAAAUCGGUAAUUGAAACAUACACGAGUAUAAUGUGUAUGAAUAUAUGUAUUUGUGUAUUAAUGUAAUUAGUACUUAGAUCAACUUAAUUGAGGAACUAUUUAUAAAUAAAUAAAUGUAUGCAAUUAUUCUA